CGGCAGCGAUAGUCUCUGCAGGGAGACCAACACACUGUAUUGCCAACAUUGAAAAAUCCAAGUUUAUUCCGAACCAAAAAUGGCGCUGUCCCUUACGUGCCGAAGACUUUUAUACCGUCAACACCCAACAUUCCUUCAAUGUCGUCAGUCAGGAUACAUUGUUAUGCUACCUGAUGUUCCAUUACAUGCAGAUGACAAUCCAUUACUAAGGUCCGAUGAGUUUCAAGACUAUUCAGGUCUCACUGUACGUAAAUGUUAUGAUGGUGUUGUUAGAAGGGCUCUCGACUUUGAAGCUGGCUUUUGGAGGGUGGAAAAACAUAUUAAAGGUAAAGAAAAUAUGUCAGAGGUAGAUCUUUUCCAAGAAUAUCUAUGCCCAAUAGAAGAAUUAUCAAGACCCCUAGAAAAUGCUUAUAAUGUUGUAAAAAUUUUGCGUCAAUCAUCUGAUUUAAUGAAUUCUGAAAAGUAUGGGAAAGUUGCCUCAAGAGCUGCAUUAGCCCUGCAUAACAAAUAUUCUAGUCCUCUUCUGUACUACAGUUGCAAGAGUGCUUUAAAACAGAGUACAAGUUUACAAGAUGAUCAGAAACGCUUAUUGAAGAAAUAUACAUUAUUAGGAAAAUUAAAUGGUUUGGAACUAUCUAAUAGUAAUUAUGAAGCUUUGAUGGCUGUUCGCAAAGAAACUCUGAAAAAUCAAACUACUUACAACAAUAAGUUAGAGCAUGAGGCUCGUCUUUUUAAGUUUCCAAUUAGCGAUCCUCACAUGAUGAAAAAUGUCCCACAGCAUCUGUUAAAAGCAAUGAGUGAAGGACCUGAUCCAUCUAGAGGUCCAUGGGGAGUACAAUUUUGGACUAUGGAACCAUUUAUAGAGUACUGCCCUGAUGCUCUUGUGCGUGACAAAUUGUGGCACUCAAGAGUAACAUUUGGAUUAAAUAACGAACUGACUGUUCUAAAUGCUGAAGUAGACCAGAUCCGUCAUUCAAGGAGACGAGAAGCAAAAAUUUUAGGCUUUGAAUCCUAUGCAGAUUAUGCAAUGGAAUCUAAAAUGGCUGGUUCUGUGGAGAAUACCCUUAAUAUGUUGGAUCAUCUUCUUGAGAAAGCAAGACCAGCUCAAGCACAUGAGAUAGAAUCUUUGAACAAAUUUGCAUUUCAAAGUGGAUUCCAUAAACCUUUGGCAUUUUGGGAUGUUGGAUUUUGGAAGCAUGAGCAACUUAACAAAACCUAUAACUUGGAUGAAAACUAUUUAAGUGCUUAUUUCCCUUUGGAAAAUGUCCUUGAUGGCCUGUUCUCUCUGCUAAAUGACUUGUAUGGUGUCGAAAUUCACGAAAAGACUGGUGUGAAUACAUGGCACAGAGAUGUUAGAGUCUUUGAAGUUUUUGAUAAAAGCAGUACAUUACCUAGUGGACAUGUGUUUUUGGACCCAUAUGCUAGGCCAGAGAAGCCAUACUCUGGGGGUGUGGCUUUGACGUUAAGGAAUCGUAGCUUAGUGGGGAGUGGACAAUCCCCCCAGGUUGGUGUGGUUUUUAGUUUUUCUCCCCCAUCAUCAGGAAAACCAUGCCUUCUCUCUUUCAACAAUGUUGUUAAUCUUUUUGCAAGGUUCGGCUAUGCUGCCCAAGUUGUCUUGAGCAAAUCCGCUUAUGCUGAGGUUGCUGGUACUUCAUUCAUGGAAAGUGAUGCAGCUGAAGUGCCGGCCCACUUUAUGGUACACUGGGCUUUCAAUCCAUCUGUUGUGCAAAGGAUAUCUGGUCACUAUGAGACAGGGGAAAAGUUACCUGAUACAGCACUUAAUAAUUUGGAUAAAGUAAGAAGACAUAUGGCAGGAUUCAGUCUGUGCAAUGAAAUUUAUAAAUGCAGACUUGAUUUGGAGUUAUUUGCUACAGAUAUUCCUUGGAAAUCAGUGAUGGAUGAGUUGUGGCCAAGAUAUUCAGCCCUACCACAGGAUCCAUUAGAUCACUCACCUAUGUCUUUCUAUCAAAUAUUCAAUGAUGCCAGCGCAUCAUACUAUGCUGACUUGUGGUCUAGAGUUAUUGCAGCUGAUAUUUUUACAGCAUUUGAAGAAGUUGGUGUUGAUAAUAAAGAAGGCAUCAGAACUCAGGGAGAAAGGUUUCGUGAUUUAUAUCUAACAGGACUUAGUGGAUCUGCAGAAAACUUCAGAAGGUUCAGAGGGAGAGAUCCUUCUCCUGAUGCUUUUCUUUUGUGGCUUGGACUCCAGAAGCCGCUAAAACAAUCCAAAUAAAGAGCAAAGUGUGUUCAAGAGUGUGAUAAUUUAUUUGCUCAUUCUUGAGCAUUUUAAAUAGUAUUAAGUAGUUAUGUUUUCCUUUGUUUCCAAUAGAUUACUACUCCCAUGAAAUGCAACGUAUCUCUAAAGUCUCAUGAAAAUGUGUAAUUUGUAACAAUCUCCAUGCUAUUAGUAGCAGCAAUUUGAAAGCCAUAUUUGCUAUUGUUAGUAGAUCUAGUAUUUAUAAUAGACAUUCUUUAUUUAUACCGUUGACAAAUGUAUUUGGAUGCUGAUAGAUCAACAAGCAGCUGUCUCAAAUUUAUAGCCUAGUAAUAAGUAGCACCUCUUCAUCGUGUCAAAUUGUAAUUGUUACCUGGUUACCAAUCAAUGAAGUUUAGCCACAUUACAAUUUUUCAAACUUCAAUGAUGUUACUAUUUUUUAUCUCUAAUAAAUACUAUGAAAUAAUCAUA